AUGACUUACGGUGAAAGCAGUGGACGCCUUGGUCAAAGAGCACGCCGUCCCGCUUCCCCUCGCCGCGUUGCCCUCUUGGUCAUCCCCAUCUCCCACUUCCCUCCGGCCCAGUCCCGAGCAAGCAUCCCGCCCGGUACUAGUAGCCACCGCGCCGUAGAUGAACCCAGCGAGCAGGAUGAUGAUGACGAUGGUCUCGGUCGUGACUGGGAUGACCCGACGUUUCCGGGUCGAGUCUUGGACGCGAGGGUAGUGAUCAGACCGCUAGGCCCGUCAGCUUUGCCGUCACAUAACACCGCAGAAAGAGUGCAAGACUGUUUUACUCACAAGCCGUUCGCAACCAGUAUCAAGAUGUUGUCGGCUCCAUUGGCAGGACGGGGGACGCGGCGGAGAAGCUGUAUGGACGCCGCCGAGAGGGCGAUGGAGAUGAUGCCGAAUGUCAGGGAUGCGACUCGGAAGGCGAGAAGGGCGCGAGGGGGGAUAGUGGGGAGGCCCACCCCCUUUAUACAAGCGACAUUUGGAGGACAUGUCCAUGGGGCUAUGAGAGAAAAAAAGGCAGUGGAGCCGUCAUCAAGAGCUUGGCAGUACGGUAGAAGCAGCAGCUCCGCCGGCACACAGCUGGCUGCUCCCCCUGAGUUCUCGUCCUUUGAAGCAGUGGGGCCGGCAGGAAGUCGGGGGGAUAGCGGGGUCUUUGCAGUAUCGGGCCGCAUGUGGGGUGGGCGGGUCUGCUCUUCGGCAUUGCGCAUAGCGAUGAAACGAAGCAUAAGUGAGCGAUAA